AGUCACCCACCACCAGCGAAAAACCCAACUUACAGAAAAUAAUCUUAAAAUUUCUUUUUAGCAUCCAGCGCGGCGUCGUUUGCAUAAAGUGAAAGAAUUAGUUAUAUUUAAGUAGCGUUGGCAAGGUUCUGACAUUUACACAAAACAAACCCACAGCGGUAUAGACGGACCGGACGGGCGCAGAAUUUUCACCCAUUUAGACACACAUAAAUACAUACACAUCGUCCAAUGACAGGGGCGGUAUUUCUUAGGUGUUCUUUGAGAAUAUUUUUCUGACCCCAGGUGUAAUUUUUGUCUGUAUAUUUGGUAAACACAUAACAAAACGAUAUCACUUUCCGUAUUUUGCCCCAUUUAUUAAUUACAUUGUAUUUUGCCGAAAAUAACUCCACAUAACAUAUGUACAUUGAAAAAUGAUCAACAUUCAGACAAUAGAAAAUGUGGCCGACUGCACGCCACUUUACCUGCCCCACAGCUUGUAUCUCAAGCCGUGGGCAAAAAUGCAAAUCUCCGUGUCAUUGCCGAAAAUUAAAUCCGGCAAAUCCGUUUCCAAUCUGGAGAUAAUGGACAAACUGAGCGCUGAGCUCAAACCGGACAAGUUUCUCCUGCUCAAAGUUUCCAAGAGCACUGUAGACUACAUACGCUUCGAAGCGGAGUUAGACGAGCGCAAGCGUCUUCGUUUGGCCCGUGAACGUUUGGACGGCAUUUCGUUGCGCAUCUCUGGGUUCAGCGAAUCUUUCCGAGUGCGAUGCGCCGAAUCCAAGGAUGAGUUUCCCACACGUCACGACUGGGACUCGUAUUUUCGCGAUGCCCGCAACAUGGAUGAAAUGAAGGCGGGCGAGCGGCCAGACACCAUACAUCUAACCCAUCUGCCCAUGCGUUGGUUUUGCCCACGGCACUCGGAGCACGAGGAGCAGGUCAAGCCCAGCGAAAGUAUUUUCAAGCGUAUCUUUGAGAAAUUUGGCCGCGUCCGUGCUGUGGACAUACCCAUAUGUGAUCCUUAUCGCAAGACUAUGCAAUCGGACAUCAACGGCAUGCGUACGUUCAGUUUCGAGCAAGAUGUUCUUUUCGAAGCCUAUGUACAAUUUGAGGAAUACACCAGCUUUGUGCGUGCCAUGGAUGAGUUUCGUGGCACAAAGCUGGUCCGAAAGUUCGUGGACAAGACCCAGGCCAUCAACAUUUGUGUCAACUUCGACAAGCAGAAGCAUCUUAGCGACUCGCACAUCCAGCGCCGUGAGCGCAUGAGAAAGCGGUGCAUUGCAAAGGCCCAGGCUGAGGAUGAGGAGCGGGAUCGUUUAAAGAAACAGCAAGCUGAACAACUGGAACGCGAAAGGAAAAAGCAGGAAGAACUAAAAUUAGCCGAGGUGGAAAAGCAGCGUGAACGAGAAGAAAAACGAAAAGAAAAACAUCUCAAAAAGAUCCACGAGCGCGGCCAGGUGGAGAUCUCGCAAAAGAUACGCAUCGAGGAGCGCAAGCUGCUGAUAGCUCAGCGCAAGCUGGAGAGUAUACGCACCCUGGAAAAGCUAUUCGAGCGCAUACAGUUGAAGCAAAAAGAUAAGCCACGCCGGGCAAGACAAGAUGAAGCCAAGGACAUUCAACGGGGCCGUUUGGUGGAGAAGUAUAAGGCUGCCACAGAGAAGCUGGUCUGCGAGCAGCGAAAAAUCGUACAGGAGAUCAAGAGUAAUACUCCCUUAAUGGGUCUGCUGAAGAGUAAAUCCAAGAAGAACUCUGCUGCUGAUUGCAGCAGCGACGACGAAAACGCCAGAGCUGCCAGCAAGCGGCUUAAGGCAAAUGGCUUGGCUACAGCUGCAGCUCCUGGGGCCGUAGAUUCCCUCUCGAAUGCCGCCAGUGCGGCACUGAAUCCUUUCAAGCCUGCCACUGCCAUGUCCGUUGGCGCUGUACCGGGCCAAGCCGCUUACAAUGCCGAAGCAGCCAGCGAGUGGAUGCAAUCGCUGUCCAUGUUCGGAUACGGCUUACCUGGCGUGUUUCCUGGAGCCCUUUAUCGCCCUGCAGCUCCAUUUCCCGUCUCCAGCAAUUACCGAGGCUUUGCUCCGCGACCUCGCGGCCGGGGUCGGGGCCGUGGUGCAGGCUUCCGUGGUGGUCGUUCUGGGUACGAAGGAUCAUCCUCGUACUACAAUCCCAAGCAUGAUCGCUAUGGCGACGAAGAUAACGAUAAUGGAUACCAUCACAAGUCUUCGCGCGGAAGGCAUCGCUCGCGUUCUGCCUCAUCCUAUUCAAGGAGCCGGAGUAGAUCGCAUGGACGACGAAUCAUUUGUCGUUCCAGACGCUCUCAGUCGCGCAGCCGCAGUCGCAGUCGAUCUCACUACCGCAAAUCAUCUUACUCAUCAAGAUCAAGACGGACUCACAGCCGAUCUCAUUCGCGCAGUCGAAGCAAGACGCCGUCGCAACGGAAGAACCGCAAAUUGGCCUCCACACGCCGAUCCCGCUCUGUCAGCUACUCACGAUCCCGCUCCCACUCGCGCAAGCGCUCCCAUUCCCGCCGCGAGCAUCGCAGUCGUCACCGCAGUCGCAGUCGUAGUCGCAGUCACAGCCCCAUUCGCAACCAUUCGGAUAAAAACAUUGUCCUGGAGGCUGACAAACUAGUUGCCUCCGCUGAGCAAAUCCAACGCACCAUCGAGCAGCACACCAAGGAUCGCAUGCGCGAAGAGGAGCGAGAGAUAAAGCAGAAUUUCCGGCAGCAGCGAACCAACAGCCACAGCAGCAAUCAUGUGGACACCAAACUACAAACAGAAUCAAACGAUGAAGAUAGACGAGGCGGCAGUGAGCGUAGCAGUCGCCGCAAUUCUCUGGCUGCAUAGAAUAUUUCAAUUAUUUUAACAUUGUUCUGUAAGGUUCCACACAAAAAUAAAACGGCCUUCUGAACAAUUUCUCUGCCCUUGCAGAGGGUAUUGUGAAUGGUUGCCAGAUGUUUGUAACACAGAGAAGGUACACAUACUCUA